CAACCAACAACCAUGGUGUUUGUCAUAUGAUUAUGAUAGGAAAAAUGAUAUUCUAAACAGAGCUAGAAAAUGGAAAGGGAAUGUGACUAGCAUGAAACAUGAAAGUAGUUGAAUGUUUAGAGAUUAAUCUGGGGCAUGUAUGGUAAUGAGGUUAUGUCUUGGUACUUAUAACCCUUAAAAGUAUGUCAAAAUCCAAGAACACAGAUCUCAAACACCCUGCAGAUAUAACAACUGUGGAUAAUUCUGAAUCCCACACUUCUGAGAAGUGUUCAGACAUACAGGCAGUCAAUGAAGGAGAUGGUUCUUCUGCCCUUGCUGAAAAUGAUGGAAGCAGGUUUUCACCAGUUAUUAAAGAUGAAUCUGAUCAUUCAGCAGUGGAUACAGCAUUGGAAGACAAAAGUCCUACUGAAGAAGGAACUGUUAAAGAUGUAAAGACAUCUGUCGCUGGUGACCACUCUGUGGCUGCUGAAAAUGUCACAGUUAAUGCAUCAGGAACUGCCAUUUCAGAGAAACACAAAUCGGAGUCAUUACAUGAUGAUGAAAGGCAAGACAAAGAUGAUGGUCUUGUUCAAAAUGUACAAGAUAUUGUAUCAAAUCUGAAAGAUUUAGAUGUAUCUGCAUCAGAAGCUUCAACAGGAGAUGAUGGGCAACAGGCCAAAGAAGAAGAGAAAAAAGACUCAGGACCUAAGAUUCCCAGAGAGCAUGACUCUCUAUGGAGCCUUCUGUCUCAGAUUCCCAAGAAGGCACAGCGAGGUCUUCUGAUGCAGUGUGAUCUCAUACUAACAUGCAUACAUGCUGAUGAAAACUUCAUUGCUCUUGGAACCAAUAUUGGAAUUGUCUUCCUCUAUCACAGAAAACAACAGACUUUAGAGAGGCUAAAGUCUGAGACCUCCAACGAUGUUGUCACUUGUGUUCAGCUGCAUCACGGAAUUGACUAUCAGCUGGCUGUGGGCAUGGCUUCAGGAGCGAUAUGUAUUUUUCAGCUUCCAUCUAUGAUGACUGGUUUAAAUAAACAGUUACAAAAAUUUUAUGUGAAGGAUAUGCACAGAACAAUUUUGACCUGCAUCGAGUGGAGCACAAACGGGAUGCGACUGUUCAGUGGAGACAAGAUGGGCACUGUUGUAGCUACAGAGGUGGAUUUCUAUCAGGGCCAGUGUAAGUCGGAUGUUCUCCUCAAGGAAGCUCCAGCUGCUGUGGUUCAACUCCAUUAUAAUCAUAAAGCUCUCUUGAUAUCCACCAAGCAGCGCAGCCUCGUUUGUCGCUUAGAUGAAGAAAACAAAACCUUUCAAGUGGGACAGAAGGACAGGAAAGUUGAAGGUGGCUAUGGUGCCUGUUUUAUUCCUGGUCUUUGUAAGACAAGUGACGCUCAGCUUUAUGCUGCCCGACCAAACCUUCGCCUGUGGAGAUCUAACAUAACUGGGACUGUGUUGAACACUAACAUAUUCAAGGAUCUGAUUGGUGCCAGCAACACUGAGAUUUACCUUGUACGACCGGAGAAACAUGUGAAGACGACAGAACCUCAGUUUGGUAAACUGCACAUUUAUUGUGGUAGUCUGAUUCUGACGUGGACCUCGACGUGGAUCAUCAUUCUCGAUCCCGAGGCCAACUCUGUUGUGGGAUAUCUCGAUAAGGCUGGCUAUAUUUCAGAUGUGUGUGUUCAUCACGAUGAGAUAUUUGUGUUGAGACGCAACACGGAGACGGACUUGAUACGGUUGGCAUUAAAGCCAGAAGCAAUUCCAAAAGUUCAUGCAUUGUUGUCGGAUCUACAGUCUAGUUCAAUUACUUCCACUGACAGUUUUUUGAGAUCUGUGACAGGUCAUGUGACACCGAACACGAGAAGUUCACCUGAUGACCAGGACAAGACGAACAAGCACGUCUCUCCUAAAGCAUUUAUCAAAAAGAACAUCUUUGGAAAGUUAAACAAAUUGCUGGACGGUGUAUCUGAUUCUGUAUCAUCUCGCACUCUGGGACAGUUUAGUGAAGUGUCUGUAAAACAGUUGAUUGACGAUGGUCCUAGCAGUGAUGUGGAGCCUGCAGACUUGGGUGGAUCCAAAUCACCUGUCCUGCCCCCAGUUGUGAAACUCCGGUCACCAGAGUUGCCUCCCCUGCAUGUUUACGUGUCUGAUACUGGCUCUCCGUUGUCGCCUUCUUCUAGUGAAAACAUGGAUUCGUCUUCCAGCACGACGAUGUCUCCAUGUGUGUCUGCCUUGGUUGACAGUGUCAGCGUAUUUGAUAGUGAUAGUAGAAAGGACAGUGCUAAUCCUAGUGGUAAAUCUUUAACGGAAUCUGGAGAGACAGUUACAACUGUUGAACACAUCGGCUUGAUAUCAGAGAGGGUUAAAGUUUGUGACAACCAGGCAGAUGCUUCAGACGAUCUGGUGUUCAGUCACAAGACUAAAAAACAUAAAAAGAAAAAGAACAAACAUGCUGUUAUUAGCAGCAGCAAGAAGAAGGAGGAGGAUAAAAUCGGUGACAAAUCUGAUUCCAUUCAUUCACGGACUACAGACACAGAGUCUCUUAACACAGAGUAUUCCACAGCAUCACCAGUUAAAGAAGUUCCCAGUCUGGAUCCAACAGAAACACUUCGAAUUGCAGACGAAAUCCUCAAAAGAACCCAUGAACUGAUACAAGGAGCUUCUUCUCAGUUAGAACAAAGCCAAUCUGUAGAUGAUUUUUCCGCAAAGCCGACUGAUGAUUCAUCUUCAAAGCCAGCUGAUGCUACAGCUGAUCCCAGGUCAACCUCUACUGUCGUUCGUCCAUCAGACAUUCCAUAUGUCUACAACGUUGAUGAGAGCAGUCUUCCCCAGUUGGAUACCAGCCGAUCUGUGAUUAACAAACUGAAUAAAACGGCAGCAGUUAUGUCUGCGUCGUAUGACCCAACUAAACCCGACACUGAUCCAGAUCACAUGAGUCCAGUUAAACAGUCUGCAAGUAAGAAUUCUGAUGGAAGUGUUUACUCUACCCCCGACACAUCCACAGACGAUUUUUACAAGAAGUACAUUCCUCCUCUUUCACCAACCAGUACUGAUUCACUGAUCAGUCCGGUGGAUCAGACUGUGUCCCCUCAACCAGAGUCCGAACAAGGACCUCAUCCUCCCAGUAACCUGGACAGUGAACCAGGUCCUUACGAUGGUACAAGUGAAGUUGCUAAUGGUACGCUGCGACGUCUUGCCAACAGCUGGUCUGAGAUUUCAGCUCCAGCAAACAUUUACAGUCUGGCUUUGUCCGAUACGCAUAUCUGGUUUACGGAUAAGAGUGAACACAUUUACUUCAGUGCAAUAAAUAGUCCUAAAGGUAUUCUGUGGAGAAAAGCUUCAGGAUCCGCCAGUCAGAUAUCUGUGUCUCGGAGUGGGAAAAUAGUCUGGCGUCUGCACAAGGGUACAGCUUAUGCUGGCACGAAGAUCACAGCUAAGCGACCAGAAGGAAUGAAGUGGGUUGAGGCAGUCAGAGAUGUGGCGUUCAUUGCUGUUGAUAAUCGUUGUGCUUGGUAUGUGAAAAAUAAUGGUACAGUGAUGAUACAAAAAGGAUUAUCUGUUGAAAGACCAUGUUUCCGAUCAACGAAGGUGGACUGUGCAUAUGAUCUUAAACAAAUUGUGUGUCGGGACGGAGUUGUGUGGGCAGUAACCAAAGACUACAUGCUGAUAUACAGAAAAGGGAUUACAGCCCAGUGUUCAGAAGGAACUGACUGGGACGUUGUGGAUGUAUGUCCCGAAGGUCUGCUGUGUACAAACGUCGCUCUGUCUGAUCAGGACAUAGGGUGGGCCCUUGAUGUUGCCGGGAGAGUCUGGUUCUGCUCCAAUGUUACCAGGGAAAACCCUACGGGGGAUGGAAAAUGGUGGCAGGUUCCCAUGAGUGAAUACUUUGUUCAAGAUGCAACUGCCAUUGAUGCCUUGCGGUCUCUAGCGAGGAAGUUUGAUCCACAGAAACUGUCUUAUCUUCUAAGCACCAGUAGGGGAGGUCUAAUCGCAGCUGGUGCACCAGGAAUCUGGGUGUGUUUUGAAUACAAAAAUAUUCUUCAUGUCUGCAGAGGAAACUUUCUUGGUUAUCGAUGGGUAGAAGCCCAGCUGAUGGAAAUGGCCUCCUCAACAGUUUGGAAAACAAUCUCAGCCUGCAAUGCUGACCUUGAAUGGGGCCAAAUCUGGGCUCAGCAGCCAAAUGGAGAACUCUUCACAUUUUCGGCCUCCACGAGUCCGGGAACCUGGGUGACUCCAUCCCCCUUGUUUAUGAGUCUCCAUGCUGGACCGACCUCUGUGUGGGGGUUGGAUGACACUGGCAACAUCCUGGUCAGAGCUGGAAUGGGUCCUUACUGCCCUGGUGGUUCAAACUGGUCAGAACUGGAUCUGUCACAAUUAGGUGACUCUCAGCUGAUACAUGUGAGCUGUAAUGCCUUGUUUGUGUGGGCUGUGGACUGUGAGGGGCAUGUCUAUCAUAGAAUAGGGGCCAAGGCUCCUCAGGACCAGCAGCUCAGUCCAGCUUGGCUUCCCAUCGACUCCUUCUCGGAAAUCGUCUUCACUAAAGUUAUAGUUGGACCGCUAGACUGGAUGGUGUGGGCAAUUGACAAUCGCAGACUGGCAUAUGUUAGAAUUGGAAUCACGGACAAUAUGCCGAUAGGAAGCGAGUGGAUUCACAUUCCAGGUACGCAAAUAAUGGAACUUGCACUCAGUAAAACGGGUGUUUGGGCUCUUAAUCCUAAUGGAGAAGUUCUGUUUCGAUAUGGGAUCAGCUUGGAUAAUGUUUGUGGUGAUUACUGGAAGAAACUUCCAGGGGUCUUUUCUCACUUGUCAGUCUCGCCUUCUGAUGACCUGUGGGCUAUAAGCAUGGAAGGACAGAUGCAGCACUGCCACAUGAAGUACAUUCUCCGCCGUCAGUUGUCUGUCGACCAGACUCUGCAUCGCACCAUGUCAUCGGGCAGUGAGGAAGGGGAGUGGGAACUGGUUUAACAACAGGAGCAAUGGAGAUUCCUAUUAGCUUUAUAUCCAAAUAGGAUAAUAUCCAAUAUUAUGCACCACAAAAAUAAAACUUACAGCAUUCGCAAGGUAGGAGAACAGGUUGGACUAUACCAAUUCAAAUCCCAUAGGCGACCAUGUUAACGUUUGUGUUUAAAAACACUAUAUGCAAUAUAUCAACCAAAC